CUUUACUUUGGAAGAUGACAUGAGCCCCAAUGACAUGGAAGAUGACCACCCCCCAUCUUCCCCAAAUAUUAGUAUGUCGUCCGACAGUGAUGUCACUUCAAGACAGCCAAAACAUUCCAAGCGUCAUCGCACUAGGUCACUCACACCCACAUCUGCAACUCGGGCUCACCCUGGGCGAUCUCAUAGAGUCAAGGGGCCAGCAGAGGUCAUCCAGCGGUACGAUAAAGUUCUGAAUACUUUUUCACGGGUCCGAACGAUGACUGAAGCUUUCCGCAUCAAUGAUGUGGAUAGAGGCACCAUCAAGAUGACAGCGCCGAUUGCAGAAUUGAAAUAUGUGCACCCAGAAAAAUUUGCAUCCUUGAAAUUCGACCCUACUACGGAGACACUCCUGGCCUUUGCCAGGAAAUGCGCACGUAACAUCACCCCAGAAAAGCGAAUCAUAAUCGAGGAUAUGAAAUCCAAGGGAAAACUCCUCCCUUUGCUAAUCAAGUAUUAAAAGGAUUGGACAUGCUUUUACCAGUUUUAACACUUUUAAAACGAGUUGUUUAAAAGCAGUUAAAGAAAAGGUUUGGUUUAAAAACGUUUAGGAAAUGUAAAGUUAAUUCUGCCAGUUGUUUGUUGUUUAACUGGUCUUCAAUUUGGACUCAGGCAUCUGUUUACAUGUGAUUACAUUUACAGUAGCCUUACUGUCUUUUUGAACUGUUGUCUGCUGAUUACUGUAUGUUUUGCAUUGACCUGAGUCUUUGCAUUUAGUAGUUGUGGUUGUACAAAUAUAGUAAACACUGUUCUAUUGUAAAUGCCAUUUUGAAUAUUGUUUUGAAAUGUCAAACUAGACCUGUCAGUUGUUUGGUUGUUUGACUGGGCUGGCCACUGGCUUCAAUUUGGACUCAUGCGGACAUAAUUAUGUUGUCCUUGAACAUGAAAGAGUCAUUUGCAUUGACCUGAGUCUUUGUAUUUAUUUUUGUUGAGCUGAAUGUAUGGCUUGACUGUUUACAGUUUACAAUAAAUGUUCUUGUACUUGUACUAAC